CUUUACUGAUGCGGAGAAGCGCAAACUAGAUCGUCUUGUUCCGGUGAUGGUUCUUCCGGCAAACGAGGCCGUGAAACCCUAUGUGCGGUACCUUCCGCGUGACCCUCACGAAGCACGGGAACGAAUCAAGAGGCUGCUAAACUGCGAGCACUUGGUUGAGGGCAAUGCAUUUCGCGGUUUUCAACCAUCUACGAGCUUUACUCCAGGUGUAAAUGACGAAGAAUCGACUCCAGGAAAGCGCUUUUACAAUACUGAGUUCUGGCUUAUCCAGGAAGACUUCGUCAAACAGCAUCUCAAGGGCGCUGAAGUCACCUUAAAAGAGUUGAGUGGCAGUGCGUCGCUGAAUGGCAAGAAGGGUGUUCUGACCGGCGAAUACAAAAUGCCUGUUGGCCAUCCGGGAAGGGCGAAAGAUCGAUAUGCGGUUCGGAUGACGGACGACAAAAGUAUGAAAUUGAUCGCUGGCGCCAAUCUGUCUUUCGCAAAUACUAAGAUUGCUGACAAAUUCGCUGCGUCUAAAUUACUCAAGCAGAACGCCCGCGCAAGCGCCUUUCUGACCGCAUUGAACUCUAUCCCACUCCCGUCGGAGCUUGGCGGGAGCGUGUCAUCUGCUGCAGCUUUUUCAGGAGGAGCGGUCACGAAUUACAUUCACGUAGGAGACCACUCGGAGCUGGCUGUACGUGCCAGAGGCGACGUCUACAUGCUCAGAGUGGGUCCGUGUGAAGAGGAGCAACAACAUCAGCAUUCCUCAACUAGCACUUCUAGCAGCGAGUGUCCAUGUCCAAAAUACGAGUCCGCCUCGUCGUCACGUUAUCCUCUCCACACGACACACGUAUUGCACACACAUCUCGGAGGCUGUGGCAUUCUAUUCCCUCAGGUGGAUGAACCUUUGGUCGGAAGAAAGAAACAACUACUCCCUUUCGAUCGUAGGCUGUAUGACAAAAUUUGUGGUAUCUUCAACAUCAUCCCGCUUACGAAACGCGUAGCCAUGGGCAUGGUAAUGAAGAACGACGAAGAAGGACAAGAAUUGGUAGCUAACACUAUGCGACCGAUUAUCCACGGCCGUGGUGAGGGAGGCAACACCAACAGUGCUUCGUCCAGUAGGUCUGCUGGACAACGAGAACGACAAGGACAAAGGGAACCAACCCCAACAGUAUCGGAGGCUGAGAUGAGCAAAUUGAGUAAGGAUGUCCGUGAGUGGGGUAUUAACCCGCCAGAAGAAGAGCCGAGCACGCUUGUCGGUCAGCGUGUACACCUGGUCGAUUACGAAGCGGACCCUCACCUGAAUGGUCAUGGCGGAACGGUUGUGAAAGUUCUAGACUAUGGGCACUCACAGUCUCGCAGCUGUUCGCCAGGACCAGACAAAUUGAUGUCUCCCACGUUGCUAACUCUGCCUUCAGCAUCAGUUGCAUCGGACGAUGGCAAACGGAAUAUGAAAUUCCUCGUGGAAAUGAAUCACAUCAAGGAGACUGUCACUGUCAGUGGAAUGAAUCUCGUGUUUGAAGACCCGAAAAGGAAGGACGCGGAGAGAACUAGUAACACAAGUAAUAGCAAGAUUUAGAAACCAACUAUAGAAAGAUGACGGACACGACUGACACACAGACACACACUCACAUGAUUGUAACUUCUAAACAUUUAGAAAGAUUUUUCUCUGAAGUGAUUGAAAAUUUGAUACUUAUACUAGGUAUUAAGAAUUCCAAGUCGUGUAAGAAAAGGUAAGGACGAAAAGGAUGUAGUCAAGGUCAAGGGACCAUCUGUAUGAUAAAACGUUAACCAUUCGUCCAGGCCAACACCAUCAUGAUCAUUCAAAGAACUAGUCGUGUUGUGAAUGGUCCACUUCCGCUUAUUUAGGAUGAAGGACAAGUUUGGAGAUGUUGAGUAUGAAAAGUUGGACCACUACUCGUAAUUCAUCGUGUUUUUUUUAGCUCAAUGAUCCCAUUCAUCUUCAAACAUUCUCUGUAGUAUCAUUAUGGUUGUAUCUUCCCCAUCGUUGUGGCCGUUCUAGUUUUCUCUGGACCUUGAUAUUAUAACACCACCCAUAGGUAUGGAGAAACGGAAAAAUAUAAAUGAAGUGUUUCCUGUGUAAGUAGCUCUCUAGACCCAGUUGCGAUGCAGAGCAGCAAGUUCUGAGUUCUAGGCUCAGACUGUUUUUUGUUUGUUGUAAAGAAAAUAGCAGCUGCCAGUACUUUGGUCCUCCUCGGUCCAUCUCGUAAUUUGUAUCGAUCCAUGUCCACCAAACCCCCUCCGAACACUAAACACUUACACAGGUAUUUUGCGGACCAUCAUCAUAGUGACAUAUUAUUCCCAGUUUACCUACCGUCUCGGUGGAACCAACAGACUUAUAUCGCUCAAUGUUUUCGAAAAAUGUUGUAUCAGUAUCUCUACUUCUUACGCUUACUUCUGCAGCUUAUAAAUAAUGACCGCGGG